AUGGGGCCGCGGGCAUCCCUGAGCCGGCUCCGGGAGCUCUGCAGCCACUGGCUGCGGCCAGCUCUGCACACCAAGCAGCAGAUCCUGGAGCUGCUGGUGCUGGAGCAGUUCCUGAGUGUGCUGCCCCCGCAUCUCCUGGGUCGCCUGCAGGGCCAGCCGCUGCGGGACGGCGAGGAGGUGGUGCUGCUGCUGGAGGGCGGUCACAGGGACUCCAGCCAUGCAGGGCCACUGGAUUUUAGUUUUAAUACUGGCAAGAAUUGUCCCCGUGCAGACAAGACCUUGGAGGAACACGGGGGCCCUUCCCAGGUCUCCAGCCACAGCACCAAAAAAGAAGUGCCCUCAGAAGAGCCUCCAGCCCUGGGUCCAUCAAAUGAACUGCCUCCAUUGCAGCCAGAGCCCACCGAGCCCACUGAUCUGGGAGAGGAGAGACUGGCGCCAAGUUCAAAGCAGAUGCUGAGCCCCCAGAGGACAUUCCAGGCCCUGAGAGAAAGCACUCCGCAGGAACCCUUGCUGUGGCCAGAGGAGAAUUACGGAGAUCAGGAGCUGGCAGCUGUGCUGGAGUCCCUGACGUUCGAGGAUGUGCCAGCGAGGAAGGCAUGGCCCAUGCACCCUCUGGGAUCUGAAAGCAGAAUCCCAGACAAGGAGGAAUUAAAACAAGAAGAGCACAAAGUGGCUGCCUGGCCCGCCGCCGUCUCAGCAGAGUCGCGGGCAGAUAGUCCCGGGGUGGUGGGAGAGCCUCUUGCCCAGGUCCUUGGGCAGGGCCCUGGGGCGAGCGGCGGUGGUGGCGGAGGGUCUCCCCCUGGCAGAAGUGAAAUUUUGGAGGUCAUAGUAGCCGGGGACACCCCCAGGUCAGAGCCCCAGACACAGUUCAUAUGCACAGAGUGCGGGGUUAGCUUCCCGCAGCUCUCCCGCCUGAAGGCGCACCUGGCAGUCUCCCACCCAGGAGCGCGCUCCUUCCGGUGCUCGUGCUGCGACAAGAGCUUCGGCCGCAGCUCCAUCCUCAAACUGCACAUGCGCACACACACGGAUGAGCGUCCGCACGCCUGCCACCUCUGUGGCCACCGCUUCCGCCAGAGCUCGCACCUGAGCAAGCACCUGCUGACCCACUCCUCGGAGCCCGCCUUCCUGUGCGCCGAGUGCGGCCGGGGCUUCCAGCGCCGCGCCAGCCUCGUGCAGCACCUGCUGGCACACGCCCAAGACCAGAAGCCCGUGUGCGCCCCGGGGAGCGAGACAGAGGUGCCGCAGCUGUCCGUCGUGUUGUGCUCCCACUGCGGCCAGACCUUCCAGCGCCGCUCCAGCCUCAAGCGCCACAUGCGUAUCCACGCCAGGGACAAGGACCGCCAGUGCUCCAAAGGCUCGGGCAGUCUGCGCUCGGACCCUGAGCGCAGACCGUACGUGUGCAGCGACUGUGGCAAGGUCUUCCGGCGCAACGAACACCUGGUGGCUCACCGGCGCGUGCACACGGGCGAGCGGCCCUUCUCGUGCCAGGCUUGCGGCCGCAGCUUCACCCAGAGCUCCCAGCUGGUCAGCCACCAACGGGUGCACACGGGCGAAAAGCCCUACGUCUGUCCGCAGUGUGGGAAGCGCUUCGUGCGGCGAGCCGGCCUGGCCCGCCACCUGCUGACCCACGGUGGCCCACGGCCUCACCACUGCGGCCAGUGUGGCAAGAGCUUCAGCCAGAUGCAGGACCUGGCCCGCCACCGGCGCAGCCACACGGGUGAGAAGCCCUGCCGCUGCAGUGAGUGCGGGGAGGGUUUCAGCCAGAGUGCCCACCUGGCGCGCCACCAGCGCAUUCACACCGGGGAGAAGCCCCAUGUCUGCGACACCUGCGGCCACCGCUUUCGCAACAGCUCCAACCUGGCCCGUCACCGCCGCAGCCACACGGGUGAACGUCCCUACAGCUGCCCGACGUGCAGCCGCAGCUUCCGGCGCAACGCCCACCUGCAGCGGCACAUGGCCACCCACGGGGGGUCGAGCCAGGAGGAGGCCGAGGCCCCCCAGGAGUGCGUGGAGUGCGGCAAGAGCUUCAGCCGCAGCUGCAACCUGCUACGCCACCUGCUGGUGCACACGGGCGCCAGGCCCUACUCCUGCUCGCAGUGUGGCCGCAGCUUCAGCCGCAACUCCCACCUGCUGCGCCACCUGCGAACCCACGCCCGGGAGACGCUGUACUAGCGUGGCCCACAUCCUGCCGGCCUCG